AUGGAUGAGAUCCCUCAAGGACCCCAGGCUUCUGAGGCCCUCCGCACCAAAGCUGUGUUCCAGACAUCGGAGCUGGAGGAGAGCAAUGCCUGGAUGGCAAUGAAGGAGGCUCAUAUGGAGAACACCAUGACCAUCAGCCUCACCAACCCUCCAGAUGCUGUCAUUGCCUGCUACCAGCUGAGCACCAAGGUUUCCUCUCGCUGCAAACACAGUAACAGGAAGCUGGGCGAGUUUGUUCUGCUUUUCAACCCAUGGUGCCCAGAUACGAGCUCCUGAGAUGAUGUGUUUCUGGCCACAGAGGAAGAGAGACAGGAGUACAUAAUGCUCAAUGACAGCGGGAUCAUCUUCCGAGGAGUGGAGAAGCACAUCUGAGCCCAAGGCUGGAACUUCAGGAAGUUUGAGGAGGACAUCCUGGACAUCUGCUUCUGCAUCCUGGACCGAAGCCCUAGUCACCAAGAUGACCCAGCCACCACCAAAGCGUCCCACCACUACGACCCCAUCUACGUCACUGGAGCCAUCAGCGCCAUGGUGAACAGCAACAAUGACCAGGGCGUGGUACAAGGCCAGUGGCAGGGCAAGUACGGUGGCAGCACCAGCCCACUGCACUGGCGUGGCAGCCUGGCCAUUCUGCACAAGUCGUUCAAGGGCAGGUUCAAGCCAGUCAGAUACGGCCAGUGCUGGGUCUUUGCUGGAGUCAUGUGUACAGCAUCCUGCUUUUCACUCCUUGGGUGCUUGGGGAUUUCGAUACAGAUUGUGUCCAAAUUUAACUUGGCACAUGACACGGGCAGGAACCUUAGUGUGGACAAGUACAUGGACUCCUUCGGGUGGACACUGGAGGACUUGAUGGAGGACAGCAUGUGGAAUUUCCAUGUCUGGAAUGAGAGCUGGUUUGUCCGGCAGGACCCGGGCCCCGCUUACAAUGGUUGGCAGGUUCUGGAUGCCACCCCCAGGGAGGAGAGUGAAAGUGUGUUCCAGUGCGGCCCGGCCUCAGUCACCGCCAUCCGCAAGGGCGACGUGCACUUGGCCCACCACAGUCCUUCUGUGUUUGCGGAGGUCAACGUGGACUACAUCACCUGGCUCUGGAAUGAGGAUGAAGCCGGGAGCGUGUGUCCUCAGACACUAAGUACUAAGAAGAUCGGGAGGUGCCUCAGCACCAAGGCAGUGGGCAGCGACUCCCACGUGGACAUCACCAGCCUCUACAAGUAUCUGGAAGGAUCCCAGAAGGAGAGUUAGAUGUACAGCAAGACCAUGAAGAAGCUAUUAAGAGUGGAAGCCUCUGGAAGGAGGGCCCAGGUCCACAGUGUGGGCAGCCAUGGUCUCUGGCAUGAAGACCUCCUGGAGCCUGCCAAUAAGCCCAGUAUCACUGGAAAGUUCAAGGUGCUGGAGCCGCCCGUGCUGGGCCAUGACCUGAGGCUGGUCCUUUGCUUGGCUAACCUCACAUCCUGGGUCCAGUGGGUCCAAGUCACCAUACUUUACACCCACAAGCCGGUGGCAGAGAUCCUGCACGAAUCCCAUGCAGUGAAGCUGGGGCCCCUUCCAGAGAAAAAGAUCCCAAUUGCAAUAUCUUACCCUCAAUAUAAGGAAGACCUGACAGAGGACAAGAAGAUCCUUUUGGCUGCCAUGUACCUUGUCACCAAGGGAGAGAAGCUCCUGGUGGAGAAGGACAUUACUCUGGAGGACUUCAUCAUUAUUAAGGUGCUUGGCCCAGCCACGGUGGGGGUGGAAGUGAUGGUGGUCAACCCCCUCUCGGAGAGAGUGCAGGACUGUAUGCUGAUGGUGGAGGGCAGUGGCCUUCUCCAGGGACAGCUCAGCAUCGAUGUGCCCAGCCUGCAGCCCCAAGAGAGGGCCUCAGUCCAAUUCAACAUCAUCCCCUCCAAGAGUGGCCCAAGGCAGCUGCAGGUGGACCUUGUCAGCUCCCACUUCCCAGACAUCAAGGUCUUUGUGAUCAUCCACGUGGCCACAGCCAAAUUAUGGGCCAUGGGGGGCCAAGAAAGGGGCGUGACUUUUGGCGACUCUACAGCCAAGGCCAUCCCUGAAGUGGCCGACAGCUGA